AUGACAAUACGAGUAGCCAUCAUUGGUGCCGGCCCCGGUGGCUUGGUGACUCUUAAGACCUUGUUGGAAGCGUCCACGCCCGACCAGCAAAUUGAGGCUUGUCUCUUCGAAUCUGAGUCCGAUGUCGGUGGUACCUUCAAUUAUCGUUCUUACGAGAACGCCGAAUUGGUAAGCAGCAAGCAGUUGACAACUUUCUCGGAUCACCGCUUGCCGCUGGAGACCCCCGACCAUGUGUCACUGCCCGAAUAUGUCAACUAUCUCCGCUCUUAUGUCGAGCGAUUUAAGCUGGGCCCACAUAUCAAGUUCAACAGUCCAGUGGUUCGUGUAUCCCCGCUCCAGGAUGCAUCCAGAUGGGCGCAUCGAGUGAGUUAUGUUGAUCGGAACGAUCCGGACCCAACAAAGGAGGCAACUUUUGAUUGUUCACAUGUCGCUGUCUGUACCGGACUUCAUGUCGAGCCAAAUAUUCCAAACAUCCCCGGCAUCGAGAAUGUCCAGGGUGAUGUCUUCCACUCAUCGCUCUACAAAGGCCGGGAUCAGGUUGCUGGAAAGAAAGUCCUGAUCUUGGGGUGCGGUGAAACGGCAAUGGAUAUUGCCUACGAGUCCAUCAAAGCCGACGCGGAAUCAGUCACCAUGUGUUUUCGCACUGGCUUCCUCUCAUUUCCCAAGCAGCUCAGUCGAUUCCAGGUAUUUGGUAGAACUUUCAGCGGAGGGCUUCCGAUUGAUGGCCUCAUUACCAACCUUUUUGAGACGGCAUACGUCCACCGAGCGAUCGCGCAGAGCAGGCUAAGAUGGUUCAUCUCGGACUUUGUGAUCAAGCGAGUUCUCUGGUUUCUCACCGGAACCCAGGCUGGUAUGAACCAGCAUGUCGGCGCUCUGCCCAAAGAGAAAUUGGGAAGAGCCUUUGUCUUUCUCAACAAGAGCAACAAAGCGAUGCCAUACCUUAACCGCCCUUACAAAACACACACUCCGUUUUUGGCGUACAUAGGCAACCGCUAUAUUGACCCCCCGGAGGAUGCCAACUCCGAUCGCGCCGUUGACACUUGUACCUGGCCGACAUCUAUUGAUGAAACGGGCCGUGUUCAUUUCCAAGUGAAACACGACAGAAAGGAUUGGCAGCGAUUGAAGGAUAGAACCAUCCGACCCAAUUGCGUGGUCUAUUGCUCGGGUUAUGCACAGACUUUUUCCUAUCUCGACUCGUCGUAUCCCACGGCAUCAGACGCCAAAAUUCGAAACAUCAUCAACCCAACACGUCCAGACAUCGCAUUCAUCGGCUUUGUCCGCCCUGGGGUGGGUGCCAUCCCACCCAUAGCUGAACAGCAAGCCAUGUGGUGGACGGCACUUAUCACCGGGCGCAUGGAAAUGCCCACAGAUCCCGACCACUAUCAUCUUCUCGCAGCCAAGGGAUCCCGUAUCCAAUACGGUGUCGACCACAGUGCAUACAUGAGCACGCUUGCCAAAGACUUCGGCGGUGCACCUGGCCUCUUCGAACUCUAUCGCCGCCAUGGUCUGCAGAUUCUUCUCAUAUACUGCUUUGGUGCAUCUUUCGUCACAUUCUAUAGACUGAUGGGUCCAUUCGAAUCAACUGUUGCACCUAGCAUCGCUCGAACAGAGCUAGCCGAGACCAUUCUUCGACGUGGUUAUACCGGAAACCUUUUCUUUGGUUUGAUACCGAUGAUCUUCUAUGGAAUCAUCAAUUCUGUAGCCUUGUUAUUUGACUUGGUCGGAUUGCUCCCUCGCGAACCCGCGAUUGAAGUUGCUGGGCCCGGAAAGGAGAAACGUAAAUUUUGA